AUGAAGAACACAAAUACUUAAACUAAAAAACUAACUUUUGUUUUCUACAUUGAAAACGAACUUUCAAGACAAUAUGUUCACUUUGAUGACAUAGCAACUGGCAUACUAUCUGGAGAUAUUAUGGAUACAGACACAAAUGCCUCUACAUUAGCUGGCGCAAGAAUUUUAUUAAGCGAAAUCCACAGCGAAUUGAAAUAAGAAAUGCUUAAUGGGAAUUAAAAAAUUGAAGUCUACUCCAGUGAGCAAUAAGAUCUUUAAAAUAAAUUAAAAGAAGAUUGGAUUACCUUAUGGAAGCACACAGAAUAUUAUGAAUUACAAGAAUUUUUGUGCUUGCAAGAUAUAUAUAACACUAACGAUAUGAGCUCUUAUACAUAUUUAAUUAAGCUCAGUGAUAUAGGUCUUCAAAAUUUAAGCCUACUUCGUAAAAUAUCUCUAAUUUCCUCAGAUAAAUUAACUUAAAAUCUCUAAACUAAUAAGUUUACAGACUUAGAUCAAUAUAAUAACUUAGAUAAUUUAAUAGAUGAAAUAUAAAAAUUCAACUAAGAAGAACCUAAUCGCAACAAUACUUUUAUUCAAUUUAUUAACAAGCCAUCUGGAUGGGAAUCAUUUGUAAAAGGUCGUUCUUUUGUCCCAGUGAAUGCUAUCUAUAAAGGAGUCUUUAAAAGAAAAUUUGAACAUUGGUUUACAUUCAACGUAGCUAAAGGAGAAUAUCCUGAUGAGGAACUUCUGAAUAAGACACGUGCUAUUAUAGUACCUGGUAGCGGAGCAGGUGCAUGGGAAGACAUUCCAUGGGUUAUUAAUUUAGGACUUUUCUUAAAUAAAAUAUAUAAUGAAUUUCCUCAUUUAAGAUUUAUUGGCAUAUGUUUUGGAUUCUAAAUUAUGGCUCAAACAUUCGGUGGCAUAGUUAAAUAAACCGAAGGUAGAAAGAAAGACCCUCAUUUUCAUGUUAUUGGCAAUGAAGAGUUAAGAAUUUCUAAACAAAUUAACAAUGAAUAAUUCUUCAAGGAUAUUUUUGCUGAAGAAAUAAACACCCUUUUUAUCAAUAAGGGUCAUGGCGAUUACGUAGAGUCUUUACCAUCAGAAUUCUUUGAAAAGAUUGGUGAAUCCGAUACUUCUCCUAAUGAAAUAGCCUUUUCAAAAGAUAAACGUAUGCUUUGCUUUUAGGGUCAUCCUGAGUAUUCAUUUGAAUAUUCUAGACGACUUAUGGCUACAUUUAGCACAUGUUCUGACAAAUCUCAUGAUUGGAAUUGGCAUAUUCAAUCCGAAAGAUUUAAAGAGCUUUUUAGUAAGCCUAAUGACCAUGGUAAAUUAGUCUAGCUUAUAAAUAACUUUUUUAGAAAUUACUGA